AUGGUGAACGACGAUGAAACUUUGGCACCUACCAUUGUCAAAGUGCCGUCACCAAAAUCACAAUUAAAAACAUCUUCAUCAUCAUAUAGUUGGAAUUUUGGUAAAUUACCACGAGUACGUGCUGAACAGUUAUUAAUUGAUGAACUUGUUGGAACAUUUCUUAUACGUGAAAGUGAACAUUAUCCAGGAGAUUUAACAUUAUCAAUAAAAGAUGAUGCAAAAAUUCAACAUUAUAGAGUUAAACUCGAUCCAAUACGACAUACAUAUACAGUUGAUGAUGAAAUAUUUUUUCCUGAUCUUCGUUUACUUGUUGAGCAUUAUGAACUUGAUGCUGAUGGUUUAUGUUGUCGAUUAGAAAAAGCAUUGAAUAAUAAACAAGAUACAGUUGAUUCAAUUAAAGUUGGAGGAACAGUUCAACAACAACAACAACAACAAUCACCAUCAGUAGUUGUUAUUUCAUGUCAAACUUCAUCGACAAUUGAUUAUAGAGAACUUCAUCUUGGAAAACUUGUUGGAUCAGGAGAAUUUGCUGAGGUUUAUGAAGGUACAUACAGAAAAGUUCGUGUUGCUAUUAAAGUACUAAAGGAAGCAACUUCAGCAGCUCUUUUUCGUCAUGAAGCUGAUAUUAUGAGUUCAUUAAAACAUCGAAAUCUAGUUCAUUUUUUGGGUGUAGCACAAAAACCAGAUAAUAUUAUUUAUAUUGUUACAGAAUUUAUGGCUAAAGGUUCACUUCUUCAUUAUUUAACAACACGUGGUCGAUCAGUUAUUUCUCAAAAAGAUUUACUUGGUUUUUCAAUUGAUACAUGUGAAGGUUUAACCUAUUUAGAAGAAAAUCAUAUUGUACAUCGUGAUGUUGCUGCAAGCAAUGUAUUAAUUGCUGAUGAUAAUACAGCUAAAGUAUCUGAUUUUGGUUUAGCAAAAUUUGUUGAAACAACAGGAAAGGAGAAUGGAAAUAAAGAUUCAAAUGGUAAUAUAAUAAUAACAGAAAAAAUUAAAUGUAGAACAAAAUGGACAGCACCAGAAGCACUUGAAUCAAAACGAUAUACACAUAAAAGUGAUAUGUGGUCAUUUGGUAUUCUUCUUUGGGAAGUUUUCUCUUAUGGACGAUGUCCUUAUCCUCGUAUUCCUGCUAAUGAUGUAUUGCUCAAUUUAAAACAAGGUCAUAGAAUGGAACCACCAGAUGGUUGUCCACAAGAAGUAGGUGAUAUUAUGCGUCAAGCUUGGCAAGCUGAUCCUGAUCGACGACCAUCAUUUAGUCAAGUACUCGAAUGGCUUAAACGUAUCAAUUCUUCCAUAAUGUCUUCCUGA